AAAUGCGUAAUUCAGAUAUUAGAUAAAGUGUUUCUGUGUUCAUGUGGUCGGUCGCCUGCGUUAAUAAUAAGGCGGCAACAUUUUAGCAACUUCUGGCACGUGCGUGUGUGGGUGCGCGCGAGCGCACAUCUUUCUUUGGCUACUUAGUAGCUUAUCAUUUGCUAGCUUGCCAGAACAGUUUGCCCGGACGCACGUUGGCUAACAUUAGCUUGCCGCAUAGUAACGUCAGAUUCUGAAAGUAGCUUUACCAGUUAACUUAUAUUCGAUAUCACUUCAGCAACUUUUCAUUCUGUGAGAUCAAAACGAACAGCAUUUCCGAGCAAACUCAGAUGGCAUGUCCUGAGAAAACACCCAUUCAAAUUCUUCAUGAAUAUGGCACGAAAAUUGAUUGCCUUCCAAUUUAUGACAUGGAGAAAGCAGAGGGUACACCACAUCAACCGAAUUUUGUUUUUACUGUCACCAUAGGUGAAAUAACCUGCAGAGGUCAAGGAUUCAGUAAGAAAGCUGCAAAACAUCAGGCUGCUGAGGCUGCACUGAAGGUCUUGGAAAUGGAUCCUGGGGCUCUGCCUGUGCUUCAGCGAACUGAGAACAACGGACUCUGUGAGCCAAAUGAUCAGCAGAACCCUGUCGGAGUGCUACAGGAGCUGGCUCUUCAGAGGUCAUGGCAUCUCCCUGAGUAUGUGGUGGUGAUGGAGACAGGUCCCUGCCACAACAAGGAGUUCUCCGUCACCUGCAGACUGGAGAACCUCAUGGAGACCGGAACAGGAAGUUCAAAGAAAAUGGCCAAGAAGGUUGCGGCUGAGAAAAUUCUUGAGAAACUCCAAAGCCUAUCAGGGUCUGCUGAAAUUACAUGGACACCGAAGCCCAUAGUCUACUUGGAAAGUCUGCGCCACUCGACAAGUGAUACAAUUUCUCAACUGAGGAGGACUCCUCUCAGCAUCCCGAACACAGACUACGUCCAGAUGAUGCAGGACAUAUCGCAGGAGCAGGGCUUUGAGAUCAUUUACCACAAUAUAGAUGAGCUGACGGUGAACGGGCAGUACCAGUGCUUAGUGCAGCUAUCUACCAUGCCAGUGACUGUGUGCCAUGGGACUGGCAUCACUAUUGGCAACGCACAGAAUGACGCAGCACACAGUGCGCUUCAAUAUAUCAAGAUCAUGGCUACGAUGAAAUAAGUCAUUCCUGCUCUAUAAAUUAAAUUGUACAGCGACAUAUGACAUUGUUUUUGUGGCUAGCUGGUCCUUUUAUUUUCCUUGGGCCUAAACCUUAUUCCUUAUGAAAACGUAUAGGACAAAUUCCCAUGGAGUAGUCCUGUACACAAGGUGUCUUCAAUUAAUUAUGGAACAGUCAUUCUUGAGACAUAAUGGACCGAACUGUGACUUCAAAACUUGAGGUAUACACCAAACCAUGAUUUUUGUGUACCGUUAUACUCCCUAGACCCCAUUACAUACUGCUAAAAAAAAUUAAGGGAACACUUUGAUCAUACACUGGAUCGGUACUCUGACACUGUUUGGUACUGAGCACAAGUAAAAUUUUUGAGGCGAGUGUUUUAUUUUGCAAGAACUGUCAGACAUUCUGUGAAUAGUUUGAGAAUGGAGAAAAGGGUGGAAGGUUUAAAAAAAUGUGUUUUAACAAUUGUGGCAAACUGUAAGUGUUCCCUUAAUUUUUUUUUAGCAGUAUUGUUGCUGCUAACGACGCAUACAUGUACGUAUCAUGGCUGCCAUGCAUAUUCUGCGUUUGUUUGGUGCUUCGUCACGCACGUUGAUGCGAGGUCUAACAGCAAGUAUAACUUAGCCCUAUCACAAAGAUAUUGUGAGAUCAAUAUUUGUGAGAUUAUAUUAAAAUAUAUCUCUACAGAUUAGAAUAUGUGAAAUACUGGUACAUGUAGUUUCAUUUGUUUUUGCAUAGUUUAUUUUAUUUAAAUUUUGCUUCAUGUUUUGUUAAAAAAAAUGUCUUUUGGCUCAAGAAUGACUGAUCAUACUCACAACACACAGGUUUACAUACAGUCGUAUGAAAAAGUUUGGGCAUCCCUGACCAUUUCCAUGAUUUUCAUUUAUAAAAUAAUUGGGUGUUUGGAAUCAAAUAACUGAUGGACACAUUAAUAUUUCAGUAUUAUUAGAAUUGAGGUUUAUUGGAUUAACAGAAAAUGUACAAUAUGCAUCAAAACGAAAUUAGACAGGUGCAUAAAUUUGGGCACCCCAACAGAAAAAGCACAUCAAUAUUUAGUAGAGCCUCCUUUUGCAAAAGUAACAGCCUCUAGAGGCGUCCUAUAGAUUGUAAUGAGUGUCUGGAUUCUGGAUGAAGGUAUGUUGGACCAUUCCUCCUGAACAUCUCCAGUUCAGUUUUGAGGUUUGAUGGUUGCCGAGCAUGGACAGCCCACUUCAAAUCAUCCCACAGAUUUUCAUGAUAUUCAGGUCUGGGGAUUGGGAUGGCCAUUCCAGAACGUUGUACUUGUUCCUUUGCAUAGAUGGAGUAGAUUUUGAGCAGUGUUUUGGGUCAUUGUCAUUGGAAUCCAUGCGACCCUCAACUUUAACAAGAUUCCCAGUGCUUGCCACUGGCCACACAGCCCCACAGCAUGAUGGAACCUCCACCAAAUUCUACUGUGGGUAGCAAGUGUUUUUCUUGGAACGCUGUUCUUUUGCCGCCAUGCAUAACGCCCCUUGUUAUGACCAAAUAACUCAAUCUUUGCUUCAUCGGUCCACAGCACCUUAUUCCAAAAUGAAGCUGGCUUGUCUAAAUGUGCGUUUGCAUACCUCAAGUGACUGUUUGUGGCGUGUGUGUAGAAAAGGCUUCUUCCGCAUCACUCUCCCGUACAGCUUCUUGUGCAAAGUGCGCUGAAUUGUUGAACGAUGCACAGUGACACAAUCUGCAGCAAGAUGAUGAUGUAAUUCUUUGGAGGUGGUAUGUGGGCUGUUUUUGACUGUUCUCACCAUCCUUCGCCUUUACCUCUCCGAUAUUUUACUUGGCCUGCCACUUUUGGCCUUAACAAGAAUUGUGCCUGUGGGCUUCCAUUUCCUCACAGUGGACACUGACAGCUUAAAUCUCUGCGAUAGCUUUUUGUAGCCUUCCUCUAAACCAUAAUGUUGAACAAUCUUUGUUUUCAAGUCAUUUGAGAGUUGUUUUGAGGCCCCCAUGUUGCCACUCUUUUUGACUCUAGGAAAGUCAAAGAGAAGAACAACUUGCAAUUACAGUAGACACCUUAAAUUCCUUUUCUCAUGAUUGGAUGCACCUGUCUAUGAAGUUCAAGGCUUAAUGAGCUCACCAAAUUAAUUGUGUGUUCCAAUUUAUCAAUGCCAAGUAGUUACAGGUAUUCAAAUCAACAAAAUGACAAGGGUGCCAAAAUCUUUGCACAGCCUAUUUUUCACAUCUGAUUUAAUUUCAUACAACUUAAUAUUGCUACACUAAAAAUCUUUGUCUGGAAAAUACCCCAGUACUCGGCUUUUAUUAGAAAAUGAAUGGCAUGCCACUGUUUCUUAUUAUGCAGCCUCAGAGGGGUGCCUAAACAUUUUCAUACCACAGUUUGUAAAUCGAGGGGGUUGGUUAUACUGUUAUACAUUUAAGUUAUACAUUUAAGUUAAGUUAAGUUAUACAUUUUGAACACCGGUCUAAAUAAAGUACCAGUAUACAUACUUAGGUCAUGUUUUGAUUGUUAACAUGUAUCUGAAAACUUUUAAAGUUGAAGUAGCCUUUUAUGGCACCAUUUGUUUGAAGAUGAAUAUGUACUUCAGUUCAAUCACUUUUUCAGUGGAUUGAGAUUCCAGUGUGUGGACUGUUUGAAAUAAAUAUAUCAAUGUUGAAGAUA